CUCAUUUUGACACUUAAACACACAGAGUCUAACUUUUCAUGUAAAUGUGUCAUGUCUCCUCAACCAAGUCCUAAACCUUCUGGGGACAGACCUCAUCCUCUCUGCAUCCGGUGAAGCCUGGGGCUGUGCAAAUGCUAACUGCUCAGCCAACCUUGGCUGUCUUGCAAGAGAGAUGGACAGUGGAUACUGAGCUAUCCGUUUCUUUCCUUGGGGCUCUUAUAUUCUGAGACCCAUUCUUCCCCUGUUGUAGCUUGAAUGCUACACCCUUUCAGUGUGAGAUAACAACAGACCAUCAAAGAAAAGUAAAUGUCUUUGACCUUUUUCUUACCACAAAGGAAAGUCAGUUAGUAAACGUCAAUCGUCAGCUGAUUUCUAUUUCACUUGCAUCAGGCCUUUGAGGCCAGAAUCUAGAAAAGGAAGGAGAAACUCCAGUGUGAGCCAAGGAGAGCUAUCUAGGGCCACAAACGUUCCUGUCCUUCCUCUGAACCCAAGUCAGCCUCACGCAAAGCCGCCACCCACUAAGCCCCCUGAAAAAGAAGGCUCUCAGUGUAAGUAGCACAGAGCAAACCAUCAAGCAAGAGAUGUGGUUGCCACGUCUGCUAAUUGCUGGCAUUGACACCGUUGUCAUGGCAUGAAUUCUUCAAGGACUUGAUGACAAACCUUUUGGUCAACAAGCGUUUCCCUUUGUGCUACUAAGGCUUAAAUAAUCUUACUCUUCCCAGAGUCUUCUGCCCCGUGCCUGAAUUCUUCCUCUUGGCUGGACCAGGUGGGAGAUGGGAAACAGGAAUGGGGUGCUUCUUCCAGGACCCCUGAGGCAAUAGGAAAAACCAUUAGAGGUGGGUCAGGAGGUGCUGAAGACAAACCCUUGCAGGAAAAAGAAGUUCCCUGCACAGCUUCAUCAGAAAACACAAGAGAAGCAAGGCUCUUGGUGGCAACAGGAGGGUCAACUUGUGUCCCUGGAGCCAGUGCCUGAGCACUGCUCUCUGUUGACAUCUGAGAAGCACCGCUGGAGCCCCGAGGAUCCAGCUGCUGCUAAAGUGCUGCAUCCUGUUAGCGGUGCCCAAGCUGCCAGCUGGAGCAGAGAUUGUCGCCUGCAUGGAGGGGCAGCACCUCUGCACCCUGCUACCUCCCAGGGGUGCUGCCUUUGACCAGGAAACACGCAGCGGACCACCCUGCAAACCUAGAGAGUCAGCAGGGCUCUGGCUGCUGCCGCGUUGCAGAUGGCACAGGAGAGAAGCCAUUCCCAACCAUGGCAGCUUGCACUCUGGAGAGAGCACACAUUUUAGAGCCGGGGAUCCCAGGUUACAACACAGACUCUGCCUCUUUGGGCUGUGAGAUGUCGACCACUUGCUCAAGCUCUUUGGAGAUAACCACUUCCCUCUGGCUCGCUUGCUGUGAGGAAUACCCCGACCACGGAAUGGCCUCGAGGGAGAUGGACAUCGCCGUCAUUGCAGGCGUGAUCGCGGCCGUGGCCUUCGUGCUGGUCUGCCUCCUCUUUCUCAUGCUGCACUACAUGUACCGGCACAAGGGCACGUACCACACCAACGAGGCCAAGGGCACGGAGUUUGCCGAGAGCGCUGACGCGGCCCUGCAGGACGACCCGUCCCUCCAGGACAACGGUGACAGCAGCGGAAAGGAGUACUUCAUCUGAAGGACUUUACCAGUACUCACCUCCCGCCAACGCCUCCCCGUCCAGGAGAGAAAGCCCACCCCCCUACCUGCAGCACCAGGCAGCCCGCGAGCGCCCCCCGCACCCCAAGACACGCACCUCGCCUGGGACACUGGGUGCCGCCCAGUGGGGGAGGGAGCGAAGGAGGAACCCAGCUGCAGAGGCCUCUCCCAGGGACCCAGGCAGGCUCUGCCAGAGGCAAGAGAGGGAGGAGGUCGGCUCCCCCUGGGCCGCGCACGUUGCCACCUGCGUGUGGGGCAUGGAAGUCCUUGCUGGGUGUGAAAGGGGCUGUGGGCCUAGGAGUGGGAAGCAAGGAGUGAGUCAUCAUCACGCCGACUGCGGAUAAAGACAUCAAACGUCAGCCCUUGACAUCUGGGGGGAACAGCAGGUGCCGGAGCUCAAAGGCACCUUUGUCUCCCAUGGAUGCAGCUCUCAAUGAUUGGAAAUAAAUCUGAAACGUAAUGGAGCAUUCAGAGUCAAAUAACAUGACUGUGAUUGUUUAGGGAAAGAUAAAGGCUGCCCAGGGCUUACCUGUUA